UAUUCUAGCAGUAGGUCUCUGUUUUUGCAUAUUUUUAAGGUGACUUUGCUGACAUCUCAAGGAAAUGUUAGACAAACUAAAAGGAUAUUAAACAGAAAAUUCUAACCAUCUUCCGCACCAAGCUUUAUUUGGCUUUAGUUUAACGGGAUUUUAUCAACUUUUUCUUAACUGAACUGAAGUAUUUAUAUGAUGUUAGAUCAGAUGUGAAAUUAUCUCUCUCCCGUCAUUGUAAUUACAGGUUUCUUUAUCUCUUCUUAAUAUUGACUUUGAAGAACAUUGAGUAAAAUAUAAUAACAGAGGGAUGGGAAGGAAAGGAAACUGGUUUAGAACUUUGAAGAAAGCUCUCAGCCCCAGCUCCAAAAGAAAGAAAGACCAGAAGAGGAAAUUGUCUGAAAAACAAAAACACCCCAAUUCAGGCCCUACUUCUUCUGUGACUAUUGCAAACCAGUUAAGUCAGAUAGAAAAAGUAAAACCAACCUGUGAGAAGAAUGAAGGCCACUCCAAAGCUCAUCGUGUUCCAAAUUCAAAUUCCACAGGCAUGGCGUCUACUACCGCUGCCAAUAAGUGUGUCCAAACCAUUACUGAGACGCGAUUCGUCAGAAAAUCUAGAGAGGAAAUGGCAGUAAUCAAGAUUCAGUCAGUUUUUCGUGGAUACCUGGCAAGAUCAGAGAUACGAGCCUUAAGAGGGUUGUUGAGGUUGAAAUCAUUGAUGGAGAGUUUUGUUGUGAAUCGUCAAGCUAUGAACUCCAUCCGGUGUAUGCAAGUUUUUGUUCGUGUCCAUUCCCAGAUCCGAUUGAGGAGGUUAAAGAAGCUGGAGGAAAAUCACGCUCUACAGAAACGGCUCUUACAAAAACAUUCAAAAGAACUAGAGAUUUUUCAGGUUGGGAAAGGGUGGAAUGACAGCACACAAUCGAAGGAACAGGUUGAGGCUAAACUACAAAGCAAGCAUGAAGCAGCUAUGAGAAGAGAGAGAGCAUUGGCAUACGCCUUUUCUCAACAGAAAAUCUCGCGGAAUUCCUCAAGAUCAAUGAAUCCACUAUUCACAGAUCCGAACAAUCCCACCUGGGGUUGGAGCUGGUUGGAGAGAUGGAUGGCAGCUCAACAAUGGGGGGAAGUGAGCUCUGGCAUUGCUAGUAGAGAAAUCAACAAAGCCAUUGCUCAAUUUGAACUGAGCUCCGAUAUAAAUUCGUCAACCGUAAGCCAAUCCGAAAGCCAUAGAUAUACCUCCAAGCCCCUCUCACCUUCUUCAAAACGAAGACUCGCAGAGCCGAAAAAAUUGAACUCGUCAAGUAGAAAAAAGAAUUCGGUUCCAGAAAUUGAAGGAUUCGGACAGACCUUGGUGGUAAAUUCGCCAACAGCAAGCCGAUCCGAAAGUCACAGAUAUACCUUCUCGUCCCUCUCAACUCCUUCCCCGGAAACAUCAGUCGCAGCAGGGACAAAAUCAGUACGCACAAGAAAUAACUCGAUUCCAGAUUAUGACUGCAAGAGCCUAGCGAGUAUACAAUCAAACAAAUCGCAUAGAAAUAGCAAUGAAGGACCUAGAUCAUCCUUAUGGGACGAGGAAAGCCAAAACAGAACACCAAUUGUUCCGAGUUACAUGACUCUCACCGAAUCUUCAAGAGCGAAAUCUAUGUUGGAGAGUCCAAUUGAUAUGAAGAAUAAUGAAGCUCGAGCAAGGACGUCGUUUAGUUUUUCUGAUAAGAAACAUUUGUUAUAUCCGCCAUCUCCGGCCAGGUCGAGGCGGUAUUCCAAUAGUCUGGAGGUGGACAAUGGCUUAAAAUUUGAAUGAAUAAAAACGGCAGAAACAAUGGGAAGACUGUUGAGAAAUUUGAUCGCGCGAAGAAAAAAGCAGGACGUUAAUGGCGGGAAGAUUGCAGCGAAAUCCGCCAUUAAAGGAUGUUUCAAAAUUUUAGAAGAUUAUUAUAUAUCAAAUCAAUUCAAAUCCUUAUAUAUGGAUAAUAAUAUUGUUAUUUAAAAUUUUGAAUAAAAUGCAUUUUUUGGUCACUCAUUUAACUUAAAA